AUGAGCUUUUAUGACAUUCACUCUCCGUAUCACUCACUCUCUCUGCUUGCCUUUAUCACUCACUCACUCAUUCAUUCAUUCUCUGUCUGUUUCUCCCUCUCUCUCUCUCUCUUACUCUGUCUGCACGCCUCUCUCUAUCAUUUACCGCAACUUUCUAUCUCUAUGUAUCUCCCUCCCUCUCUCUCUCUCUCUCUGUGCCCUUCUUUCACUCUCGCUGCUUGCCUCAUUCUCUCUCUUUCUGCCAAAUCUCUUUGUUUGCCCCUCUCUGACACUCCCGCUCCUCUUUUCCUCUCUGUCUCUCUAUCUCUGCGUUUUUCUAUCUAUUACCGCCUGCCCCUUUCUCUCCUCUUUUCUCUCUCUCUCUCUUUUCCGUGCCCCUUUAUGCCUUUGUACCCUUUUCCCACUCUCGCUGCUUGCCUCUCUUUCACUAUCUUUCUCUGUCCCCUCUCUCUCUCGCUCUGCCUCUCCCCACCCUUUUCUCUCUAUCUCUUUCUAUCUUUGCCUCUUUCUCACUCUCUUUCUCUCUGUCCCAUUCUCUAUCUCUAUCACUUUCUCUCUCUCUCUGUCUCUUUUUCACUCUUCCUUUCUCUCUCUCUCUCUCUUUCUCUCUCUCUGUACUCCUUACUCACUUUCGCUAUCUUUCGGGCCCUUUCACUCUGCUUGCCUCUAUCUCUCACUCACCACUACUUUCUCUCUGUCUGUCCUUUACUGUCUCUUUCUCUCUGCCCCUUUCUAUUUCUUUGUUCAUUCUCAAUCUCUUUCCCCCACAUCUCCCUCUCUCUUCCUCUCUCUCUCUCUCUCUCACACUGUUGUUUCCUGGUUGUAUUUUCCCCGACUCUAUUUUCGAAGUAUACUCCCCCCACUUUUCUUUUUGUAUUUUUCGGAGGAGUUCAUUUCCCCCCUAAACGAUGGUUUAUCACCAGACCGCUUUUCUUAAAAUGCGACUCAAAAUCCCUUCAUUUGAAGAAUCUAUAA